AUGUACAGACAAGAACUGGUCGACAGGAGGGACCGCAAAUAUCAACUGAUUGUGUGGAGAAAUUCCCCGGACAAGGAACUUGAACAUUACAUGUUAAAUACAUUAACAUAUGGUUCAACCUGCGCCUCUUAUCUGGCUACAAGGUGUCUGAAAAAACUAGCAGAUAUGAACCUACACAAAUAUCCAUUGUAUGCACAAGUACUUCAAAAGAAUUUCUACGUUGACGACGGCAUGUGCGGUUCCGACAGUUUAUCAACGGCAAUCGAGAUGCAGAAGCAGCUAAAUAACUUAUUGUUGCAAGCAGGAUUUAGACUGCGAAAGUGGUGUGCUAACCACUUACAACUCCUUCAUGGAGUUCCACCGGAAGAUAGAGAAGUGGACCUCAACUUCGACAAUUCAUCAACCAAGGUUCUAGGAUUGACAUGGAUUCCUCAGGUAGACAGGUUCUGUUUAAAGAGUGGUGUGGAUGAAUGUGAAGUUGUUACCAAGCGAAAGGUCACCUCCGAUUUAGCAAGAUUGUUUGACCCAUUAGGAGUUGCAGGUCCUGUAGUCUCGGCAGCAAAGAUUUUCAUCCAACAAUUAUGGAAGAAUAAGAUUGCUUGGGAUGAUGAGCUACCAUCGGAGAUGACAUAUUGGUUAUCGUUCCGUGAAAAUCUUAAACUUUUGAACGAUUUCAAAUUACCCAGACAUAUGUUCGACGGAGAAAAGCCGACGAAGGUUGAAAUUCAUACAUUUGUGGAUGCUUCAGGGAAGGCAUAUGGAGCGGUGAUAUAUCUCAGGGCUAUGUUGCAAGACGGAAGGCAGAUA